UAAUAAUUUUGCUUUUCGCAAUAAAAAAAAUAGGAAACAGAGCCUUUUAUUAUCGUUAAGUCUGUUUUCACAAAACAGUAAACAUAACCAUCAGUUUGGUGGAUCAUUAUCGAUCUCUGAAAAGUGAAGACCCAAGAAAAAGAAGUUCCAACCUCUCUCAAUCUAAAACCUCCACCAGUUGUUGUUGUUUCUCGGUCUCAAACCUCUCGCUGUGCAGAACAACGACAAUGCAAUUGCGGUUCUGCUCAUCAGGGAACUAUUUUCUUGCAGCAGUGCUUCCGUAAUUGUUCUUUGAAACAACUCAUCUACUAGGUUCUAGUUAUGAAUCCACUCUCAGAAGUGAAUGCAAGUGAAAACAGGCAAUCCAACAGCUCAAAUGUAGUUCUUAACAGUGAUGGUGAGGAACAAACAGAAGAAUCUUUGGCUGCCUCAAUUCAUAAUGUUGGAAACAAGUUCCAUGAAAUGUUCCAAUUAAAGCAAGGAUAUUGUGCUGAUCUUCCUGCUCUUAAGAUAUCAGAUUUGAUGAAACUAAACAAUGUAGAGAAUGCUUCGACUGCAGCACUUUUCACCAUUGUGAACAAGAUUCUGGAUGAAAAAAUUGAACGAAAGAAUGGGGACAUAUCUCAUUGCGUGGCUUCUCUGUUGAAAAAGGUUCUGCAAGAGAUUGAGCAGCGGGUUUCAGCUCAAGCAGAAAAUUUUAAAAAUCAAAACCAUCUUUACAAGGCUCGUGAGGAGAAGCAUCAAUCAAGAGCAAGAGUACUUGAAACCCUUGCAACUGAAGCUACUGAAGAAAAUGAGGUUGUUAUGAACCACCUUAUGCAGAUUAAGAUUGAAAAGGCUAAAACUGAGGAGAGGAAAAAAUUUGAAGAGCAGGAUGUUGCUAGAUUGUUGAAAGAGAAGGACCAGAAUGAUACUCAGAUUUCUGCACUGAAGCAAGAGCUAGAAUUGGCCAAAAGGACAUAUGAUAAUCACCACUUGCAACUGCAAACACAGGCUAAGGAAACCAAAGUUGAGUUAGAGAAAAAGUUAAAGGAACUUGAGUGCCUUCUGACAGAUUCAAGAAAGAAGGUGAAAAAACUGGAGGCAUUUUCAGAAUCUAAAUAUUUGAGAUGGAAACAGAAAGAGCUCAGCUACACGAGUUUUAUAGAUCUUCAGACUAGAUAUCUACAGGGUUUAAGGGCAGCUUCUGAAUCCAUAAAGCAAGAAGUUCUCCGGUCACAAAGGAUGUACUUGGAAGAAUUUAAUCACUUGGGGAUGGAGCUUAAUGAAUUAGUAGAUGCUGCUGAGAAUUACCAUAUGGUUCUUGCAGAAAAUCGAAAAUUGUACAAUGAGGUUCAAGAUUUGAAAGGAAAUAUUAGGGUUUAUUGCCGAAUAAGACCAUUUCUUCCAGGAGAAAGUGUGAAGCACACAACUAUAGAAUAUAUUGGUGACAAUGGGGAAUUAGUUGUUGUGAAUCCUUCAAAACAAGGAAAAGACCGUCAUAGGCUGUUCAAAUUUAGCAAGGUGUUUGGUCUAGCAGCUACUCAAGAGGAGGUAUUUCUGGAUACUCAACCACUAAUACGUUCUGUUCUUGAUGGCUACAACGUUUGCAUCUUUGCCUAUGGUCAAACUGGUUCCGGUAAAACUUAUACAAUGACUGGGCCUAAUGUAUCAUCUAAAGAGGAUUGGGGGGUCAACUAUCGAGCUCUAAAUGAUCUUUUCCACCUCUCUCAAAGUAGGAAAAGCUCCAUCACUUAUGAAGUUGGUGUUCAGAUGAUUGAAAUAUAUAAUGAACAAGUGCGUGAUUUACUCUCUAGUGAUGCUUCUCAGAAAAGACUUGGGAUUUGGAAUACUUCCCAACCAAAUGGAUUAGUUGUCCCUGAAGCUAGCAUGUACCCAGUUAAAUCAACUUCAGAUGUUUUAGAAUUGAUGAAUAUUGGGUUAAUGAAUAGGGCUGUAGGUGCUACUGCACUGAAUGAAAGAAGCAGUCGAUCCCACAGUGUCCUCACUGUUCAUGUCCAUGGCACGGAUUUGGCGACUGAUGCUGUUUUGCGUGGGAGUCUGCAUUUGGUAGAUCUUGCUGGCAGUGAAAGAGUAGAUCGUUCUGAAGCGACUGGGGAUAGGCUACGUGAAGCACAACAUAUAAACAAAUCACUAUCGGCUCUAGGAGAUGUGAUCUUUGCUCUAGCGCAGAAGAGUCCUCAUGUUCCAUACAGGAAUAGCAAACUGACUCAAGUUCUGCAAAGCUCUCUCGGUGGCCAAGCAAAGACCCUUAUGUUUGUGCAGCUCAAUCCUGAUGUAAAAUCAUACUUUGAAACUAUAAGUACCUUGAAGUUUGCCGAGAGGGUUUCUGGUGUAGAGUUAGGUGCUGCACGGAGCAACAAAGAGGGAAGGGGUGUUAGAGAACUGAUGGAACAGGUGACAUCCUUAAAAGACGCAAUUGCAAAGAAAGAUGAGGAGAUUGGAAGGUUGCGGCUGCUUAAAAGUAGUGAAAAUGGUGAGAGACCUGGUAUGAGCUCACUGAGGUAUGGGUCUUCCUCCCCAAGAAGACAUUCAGCUUCACAGCAGCCCCGAACACUGUCAAGAAGGAAAAGCUCAGGGCUUAUUGAGAAAGCAGCUUCUGAUUUGGACAAUAGCUCAGAGUAUAGUGAUAAGCAUUCUGAAGCUGGUUCUCAGCAAUCAAUGGAUGAUUUUAGACACCACAAGGAAUUUUUUCAACAUUCAAGGCUUGCUACGGUAGAUGGAGGUCUAAAUUUUACUGAAGACAAUACAUCAAGGCUAUCUGUAGUAGAUGGAUGUCAAGAUUGUAGUGAAGACAUCGAGCUCCUGGGAUUUGGAGUUGAAGAUUCUGAAGAGAGAUUAAGUGACAUAUCUGAUAGUGGUCUUUCCAUGGGAACUGAAACUGAUGGUUCAAUGGGCAGCAUUGUGGAGUACACUCUUUUCCCUGAAACUGCAAAGUCACCAGCAGAGAAGUCCAAUGUGCCAACCAAAAUUCCGAAGCCCCCACAGAAGCAGCUGCAAACCAGACCUUCUAGGUUGCCAUCAAACAAGACCUUGAAAGGUUCAUCAAGUUCCAAAAAAACCACUGCCUGCAGCUCGUCUGCAAUGAAGCCUGUCAAACGACGGUAGUAAUUGGAAGGUGACCUUGUUUGUAACUUGUGUACUGGCAUUCCUUUCCCCUGGCCUAUAUGUGGCCUUUGUUUCAUUGAACUCUUGUAUCCGAAGAGGUAAUUGGAAACUUUAGUAUUGAUGUAUACGGGUUUAGAUUAUAGUGUAAUUUUAGAUGAUGGGUUUCACCAUUUCAUUGAACUCUAGUAUUGGGAGAGGUAUUUGGAAACUAGUAUUUAUGUAUACUGGUUUAAAUCAGUGUAAUUUUACAUGAUGGGUUUCACCAUUUCAUGAACUCUUGUUUUGGGAGAACUCUUGUUUUGGGAGAGGUAAUCGGAAACUUUAGUAUUCAUGUAUACUGGUUUAAAUCAUAGUGUAAUUUUACAUGAUGGGUUUCACCAUUUCA